AAUUAGCCAAUACGCUAAAUAAUUUUUUUAAUGAUUUGAAAUCUGAAUAUACUGAAUUGUCUAAGCAAGUUAAAAAUAUUAAAGAUUUAGACAAAAAUUUCUUAACAUAUGAUCAAUUCAAAUCGACACAAUUCAAAUAUCAGACACACCCACAAGCUAUUUAUACAAGUCGAUCUUUGAAUCUUCCAAAACAG